AUGAUUAUCGGCUCUUUGAUUUUCUGUGAAACCUGUGGAAACUUAUUAUCCCUACCAAACGCCCAGCAGGAUUACAUUCGAUGCGGCCAUUGCAAACGAGGUCUCAAAUUCAACGUACACGACGAGCUGGCGGUUGUGACUCGGUCAAAUCAAAACGCAUUUCCAUCAGUACUGCGCCAAAAACGUACGCUGGUUCAACAAACAAUCAACUCGGCAGGACACCAAAAUGAUGCAGCAGCUGCUCCACUGAUGGAUGAAAGCUGUCCAAAAUGCAAACACCCUCAGAUGAGAUACCAUACCCUUCAACUACGAAGUGCUGACGAAGGAACGACAGUGUUUUACGAGUGUCCCAAUUGCAGCCACAAAUUCUCGACCAACAAUUAA